GCACAUCAAUCACCAAAUAUUUUUCUGACAUUGAGUUGAAUUUGUAAAUAAAGAAAAGUCAAAAAUAAUAAUAAAAAACGUUAAUGAGAAUAUCUUACAUAUCUACAUAACGAAAACAUUUAAAAUUCGAAUUUUCGCACUCGAAAUGCUAUAGAUUUUCAUGUAACAUCCUGAAUAUGGCUUUAAGAAACAUAAUUUUGCUCAGUCAAAUUGCAGGAUAUGUAGUUGCUUUUAUUUUAUCGCUAUGUAUUGUUGUGCCUAUGAGUCUUCACCAAGAUGAAUUCAGGGGCCACUGCUUACUAUUCUCUACCGGGGAAUGGCAAGAAUCAGAUGGUCAACUUAAGGUGAAUUGGGCUUCACAAGGGUAUUGCAAUUAUACAAUAUUUGUUGGUGUGGUAUUGUGCUUGGUUUCUCUAAUUCAAAUAUACAGACUGUCUGUGUUUUUACAUAAAGGGACAGAUAGCAGCUUUCUUUCAGCAUUCAUAGAUGUACUAUCUGGAAUACUUUUGUGUGCACUGACUAUUAUUGCUGCACUGAUGAUUACGUUAGGAUUCAUGACGUGGUGUCAGAAUAUAACUCAAAGAUUUUCCUCAUGUGAAUUAGCAGCUGGCCAGGACAUUGAUAAGAAGGAUGGAAUAAAUACAACUCAUUUUUACAUUGAAUUAGGGACUGCUCAGUUUGGGGUAUGGGGGUCUUUCGCAGUAUGGGUUGGUCUUUCAGUUUUUGCACUCAUAAAACUUUGUCGAUAUCAUCAAAUAGAAAAUAUAAGGGUAUCUAUGUAUCGGGAGAGGCAAAAAUUGAUAAAUGAAAAUGCCGAUUCGCCAGGUAGUUCUUUAGGAAGGGAAUCCAGUGUUAGUCAAUCAACAACUGCAGAAAUGGUAAAUUGAUUAAUCACAGCAGUCUUGAGAUAUCCCUCUUUAGUGAUAUAUACAAUUAUCCACAUCACAUUGUUUAUCCAUAGUACCUUUCAUAAUUUGAUUGAUUAUAGUUCUUAUUGAAUGUCUGUUGAAGCUCAAUCAAUUUGCUACAAAUACCAUAUAACUUUAACAGUUAUGAUGAAACUCAUAGGAAAUAAAAAUAAAGUUUUUAUUAUUUUUUUAUCGUUCUUGGAUAUUAAAUUGUUGAUUGAAAAUUGAUUUGUAUGUGAAUUAAAAUUAGUUAUCUUGCCUCUUAAAUCUUGUUUUGUGAGUGAUAUUUCUGGAUUGUUGAAACUGUUAUCAAAGACUUGCUGCAAUGAAUGACUGAUGUGUGAAAGCAAUUUUGGAAUCGAAUAUUAUUCAACAUAUUAAUCUCUAUAAUCAGUUAGAUUAAUUUGGCUAAAAACUUUUCAAAAAAACGAAUAAGGAUGAAGAAAAGGAAAGUGCUUCCAUGAAAAAUUUCUCUAGAAAUUGUUUGAUUUAUUGUUGCUACCUUUUAUUCUUCACAUGGAAAGAUGAGCACAUUUUUGAGAAUGAUAAAUGUUGUAGUUGAAGCCAAGAUAAAUGAAUAUCAUAUCUUUGGCGAGUGUGAUUUGAAAAUGAUGAUAAAAGCUUUAAAUACAUUGAAAUUAUAUGAGAUGUUCAACAUUCUCUAUUAUCAAAUAAUGUAUAAAGUACUCCGUACUACUUUAUUACCUAUAAUCUGUAUAGUCCUACAAUUAAUUUUAUGAUGAUUUAAUGUAGCCAGAAUUAUGAAUUUUAUAUAUCUUAUGUAUAAGUGGAAACAAACCCGAAAUGUAGCCCCAUUUCUAAAUAAAUAAUGAAAAUUA